GUGCGGGUUAGGAUGUAAACUGGUUUGUUUUCACGCGAGAAGGUGGAAAUUUAAUUUUUUUUCCAAAUAUACAUUAGUGUGCGUGUGUAUAUGUGAAAACAGCAAUAAAACUAGUGUUAAUUUAAGUAAAGAAAAAAAAUUGCUGAAAUAUUUUUCGUUUUAAAUUUAAGUACCGAAACGUUACUACCAUAAUUUGCGGUGAAGUGCUAAUAGAACUCACAUUAGAAUAUGUCCAUACGCCCGAGUUCGCCGAAAGUUUUGCUGGACAUCAGCUACAAACCGAUGCCGCAUGCAAUGGACAUGCAGGACAAUGUGAUUAAAUUGAUCAAAAUGGAGCCACAAGCCUACGAAUAUCUGCACAACAUGCAAAUGCAACAGGAUAUCGUCGCACACCAACAGCAACAACAACAGCAGCAACAACACACGCUCAGCGGUUCGUUUUAUCACAGCACAAAUGGAGCGCAGGCGUCGCGCUUGGCGCCCACACAGCAGCCAGCGAUGCACACACAACGUCAUAUAGUGGAGCCAACGGAUUUCGCUUAUGGUGACAACGGCGCCGCUGGCGCUGAGGUGGAUUCCACCGACUAUCACAUGCAAAGCCCGGAAAUGCUUAGCAACUGCAGCGCCAACACAACGCCGCUGGCUUUUGGACAAAGCGCGGUGGAGCACACCGCUGGCGCCGCAACAACAACAACCACAAAUAUGGCUAAAGAAUUGAAUAAUAAUUAUAAUAUGCAGAAUGGCGCGUGCAACGGCGUGACGGCGCAGCUGGUGGGUGCGACCAAGCGGAAUAGAGGUGAAUUCGAGAGCGCGGAUCACGAACUUAUGAACGAGACUAAGAAGCCGCAUUUACAGCUGAUCAAUGAGCAACAGCACGCACCACAACAACAACAACAACAAGCGCACUUCAUGCACGCGCAGGAUGCGCCGCGAUUUGUCUUGGAUUAUCUGCCAACAACGGUGUCGGAUGUGAAUUCGAAUAUCAACGGUCCCAACAACAACAAUGCUGACAGCAAUAGCAACAACAGCAGCAGCAACGGCACGUCACAGUUUGACUUUGCCGCGCGGGAAAUGUGUGAGAAUAGUGUGGAUAAUUUCAAAUACGGCUAUCAGCAGCAGCUGCCGCAUGGACAACAACAACAGCAGCAAUCACAACAACCACAUCAGCAGCAACAAAAUCACCAACAGCAAGCAAUGCAGCAAACACUGCAACAGUCACUACAACAACAACAAUCAGUGCAACAACAACAACAGCCGCUGCAACACGCCUUAACUCCAACAACAACAACGCCGCCGCACAAUGUCCCACCAACUAACGGUAUUUUCAGUUUAAAACACGAAAUCGACAAGGAUUUAACACACACACUCGCACACGAGACGGCGACAGCGGCGGCGCUAAGCCAAGUCCACGCGCAGACGCCUCAUAUUAUUGGCAAAAGCCUCGCACAACACUACGACUUUGCGCACUCGAUGAAGAGCAACAACUCCGAAGGCGAUGAUUUGGAAUUUAUGCGCUUGAAUGGCGAUAAUCAUGAGAACUGCGACGCCAGCUAUGAUUACACCAACGAUGAUUUGAUGGACAUACGCGCGGACUCGUUGUCCGACAAUGCAGACACGGCUGCUAAACAUUUUCGCAAACCGCGUCGACGUACGCGCCGGAAAUCGAGCCGUUCCGAGGAUGUCGAUGAGUUUCACAAUCAACGCGUUAUGGCCAAUGUGCGCGAGCGUCAGCGCACGCAGAGCCUGAAUGACGCGUUCAAGGCGCUGCAGCAGAUCAUACCGACACUGCCGAGCGAUAAGCUGAGCAAAAUACAAACGUUGAAGCUGGCGACCAGAUAUAUUGAUUUUCUGUGUCGCGUGCUCUCCACGAGCGAGAUCAGUCUGCUGAAAACGAUGGACAGCAAGAGCAUACUCGCCAACAAUGGACUGCCGCUGGGCACGGCGUCGAUCUUGAAUGCGGCCACCAAUGGCACCGAGUCCGAGCUGAAGGGUCUGCGGCGCGCCACAGGCGCCUCAGUGAUACCACCGGAAAAGCUCAGCUACCUAUUUGGCGUUUGGCGUAUGGAAGGUGACACGCAAAAUAAAACGUAGAAUAAAUUAACAGUUUCGCUUUUGUUUUUGGUUUUUGAAAUUUCGAAGAGAAUUUGUUGGAAUUUUCAACUGAGAUUGGGUUUUCUACACUUGCAAACUUUAGUGUUUAAGUGAACUUGUGGUGUAUUAAAUAUUAGUUAUAUGUAUGUAUGUAUGUAUAUGUAUAUUGUUAUAGUAUUCUCAGUCGUUGGGCUAAAGAAUUUGAACUUUCCAUUAGAUAUUAAGUAUCUAGCUUAGUUUGUAGCUGAUCAAAGCACCAACGUUCAUAUUUAUAACGGCUUUUAUGUAAAGAUAAUUUAAAUAUUUUUAUACUACGGCGAAUAUGCGUUGUUUAAGUAUUUUUUGGUAUAUAUAGUUUAUAUAAGUAUGAAUAGAAGUAGGCAUCGAACGAAAUGAAAAUAAAGAAAUGCAUAAUACCUAAGAAAGAA